UCCUUCGUUUAGCGCCAGUUUGGAUUUUCUCCCUCGCCCGGCCUGUGUGUUGUGAAUUACAAUGAGGUUUAUUGUGUCGUUUUUAUUAAAUAUAACCGAAUGACUUGUACGAAAGGCUUUACUUAGGACAGUAGACAUUAUUUUCGAGAGGUUGAAUGUGGUCGUAACAUCCGGUAAGGUGGUUUUCGGGGUGCUUGAGUGAAGGAAGACGCAAAGUUGCAAAAGGUGACCAGGUGAUUUGACAUCAACGACACAGUGUAAUUCCUUAAAAUGGAGAGUGAGGAUGAUCUGGAUAUUCUGACUGCGCUGCUGGCUGAGAGCGAGGGUAUUGGCGAAGAACAAGAAAGCCAGGAGCAGGCGGACGAUCUGGACGGGCUGUUUGAUGAGGAAAAUGACGAGGAGUACAAAGAGGGCGUCGAGGAGGAAGAGCACAAUGUGGACGAGAUGUUGGAGCUCUUUGGAGAUGUGAAUGACAUCAAACAAGAGGAGAAGGACAAAGAAUCAGAGGGUGACCGUGAGAACCUGAACAAGUCGAAAGAGGAUUUACAAGAGGAGUUGAGGCGGAUGAAGGAGCAGAUGGAGAGGUUGCAGCAGCAGCUGGAGGCCAGCCAGAAAGUCUCAGUCCCGUCAGCCUCUUCAGCCAAGACUUCAGGAAAAAACUCACCAAGUGUCACACCAGUGAGACCCAAACCUGCACCUACCCAGCAACCGGCCUCCAAACUGAGCCAGGCCAGACCAGCCACUAACACACAGAAGACACCAGCAGCGUCUUCAUCCACUCCAGCAAGAGCAGGAAGCCUCAAGCUCCAGGAGUCCUCUGAGUUUUCUUCUCAGCUCAGCUUUGCUGACUCAUUUAAAAGCAAACCGAGAGUGGCUCACCAACCUAAACCCAGCACAUCACCGGAAAGCAGAGGACCACUGGUAGAGAUAAAGAUCGGCAGCUCCUUCAAGCCCAUAGAGAGCACCAGCACAGCCCCUGAUGCUCUGCGCUCACCUUCAGCGUCCCAUAGCAGACCUGCAGCAGCUGCGUCAACAGUGCAGCCUAAAGCUCCUUCUUAUCCAUCUCUUUCCAAAGACGUGGCUCUUGAGAAAUAUUCAGGACUGCGGCUCAGAAAACCACGUGUUUCUUCUAGCGAGAUGGACCGUAAGAUGGCUGACCGCCGUCUGAUUCGACUGUCACAGUUACCGGAGCGUAUGGCUCGGGAGAAGCUGGAAGACAGCGACUGGGUGACGUUUGCUGUGCUGGUCAAUAAAGCCACGCCUCAAAGCAACAGCAGUGGCAAAACCUUUAGCAUCUGGAAACUCAAUGACCUCCAUAACCUGGAAGUGUUUGUGUCUCUGUUUCUGUUUGGUGAAGUUCACAAAGAGCACUGGAAGACUGAGACGGGCACAGUAGUCGGACUCCUCAACCCAAACCCCAUGAAGCAGAAAGAAGGAUAUGACGGGGUGAGCCUGACGGUGGAUCACCCACAGAAGGUGCUGCUGAUGGGUGAAGCUCAGGACUACGGUAUCUGCAAGGGUGUGAAGAGGAACGGAGAGCCAUGCUCGCAGAUAGUUAACAUGUAUGAGUGCCCAUACUGCCAGUAUCAUGUCAAGGCCCAGUAUAAGAAGAUGAGCUCAAAAAGGGCCGAGCUGCAGUCGUCGUUUUCCGGAAGAGCGCCCAGUAAAGUCAUGGGGAAGGGGAAGGCAGGUGGCCUGAGAGAGCGGAUUUGUCAGGACGGUUUCUACUACGGCGGCGUGUCCUCUGCUGCCUGUGCCGCCUCACUGACCGCGUCCAAACCAAACAAACCCACCCAGAAAACUCUGGACAAGCUGUUUGUGAGAGGCUCGGCUCAGCUCAUCAGUCAAGCCAAGAGGCUCGCCAUGCAGUCUGGUGAAGUUGCAGGUUGCUCAGAUGAAUUUAAGAGCCUGAUGUCGGUGCCAACACCUGGAGCUUUGCAGCUGAAGAAGCAUCUCACGCAGGGCAGCCAGUCAGUUUCCAAAGAAACAUCGGGAGCUCCUCUUCAGUCCAUCUCAGCCUCAGACCUGCUGAAGCACCAGAAACGGAAGCAGCGGGAGCUCCUGGAGAGCCGGCGGAAAAGGGUGGAAGAAGUUCAGAGAAGGUCGCUGCAGAACUCGGGGGGUGCGACAGGCCAAGAUUGUUUAAUGUCACCAAAAGCUGCUUCUGAAGUCCCCACGGCCUCCCAAAGCCCGGCGGCGCCCCACACUCCGACCCUGGGCCGAGGCUUCUCCAAGGGAGAUGAUAUCCUCUUCUUUGAUACCAGCCCCCCUCCAACUCCUUCUCCCAGCACCCUCAACCUAUCAGCUGCCAAGCUGGCUGCUCUGAAGAAGCUAAGGGCUAAAGACACGGGGCUGGUGAAGGAAGACCCCAACGCUGUGAAGAGGAAGAGGAGUGACAGCAGUGAGAUCAAUGCCCGAGUAGAGCGGAAUCGAACCUCACCCAGUGCCUCAGCUAAUGAGGAGGAGGAGCCGGUGCAGAAAAAGAAGCGAGAACAACUCGACUAUGUCCAGUCAGAGGAGUUUCAGAAGAUCCUGAAAGCCAAAUCUCGCCACGGGAUUAUACUUCAAGCAGCGGAGUACCAGCUACAAGAGCGCUACUUCAAUGUUCUGGUGAAGAAGGAGCAGAUGGAGGAGAAGAUGAGGAACAUCAGAGAGAUGAAGUGUCGGGCUGUCACCUGUAAAAAGUGUAGUUACACCUACUUCAAGCCGGCGGAUCGUUGUGUAGAGGAGAACCAUGAUCUGCGGUGGCACGAGGCAAUGAAACGCUUCUUUAAAUGUCCUUGUGGACAGAGAGCCAUUGCUCUGGACAGACUGCCACACAAACACUGCAGCAACUGCGGUCUGUUUAAAUGGGAACGAGAUGGGAUGUUGAAGGAGAAAACUGGCCCUAAGCUUGGUGGAGAGCUCCUCCUGCCUCGAGGAGAGGAGCAUGCCAAAUUCCUCAACAGCAUGAAGUGAUUUAUUAUUGAGGGAGCAACCUAUAGACUUUUAUGUUUGUAAUUUAAGGUUUUACCAGGCUUUCAUUAGUAUCAGGUCUGUUUUUAAAUUUUGACAUUAUGUAGCUCUUGAGUGUCUGUGGUGAUACCAGAUGUGCUGCAAAUUGGCUGAUUAAAGCUGAUUAAAGAUU